CACACACACAUUGCCCCUCCACCUCUCAGUAUAAAACUCCCUCUGUUUCUGUACAAUAGCCAUUCUUUCCUGUCUCUGUUCCUCUGUCUGUCUCUUGUGACUGGCGAUACCACACCUUCAUACAGCCAUGUCAGAUAUAGAAGAGGAAUACGAGGAGCAGGUGGAGGAGGCUGAGGAAGAGCAGCAGGACGAGACUGAGCAGGCGGAGGAGGAUGGAGGAGAGCAGCAAGAGUAUCAAGAUCAAGAUGCCCAGGAGGAAGAGGAGGAGCGCCCCAAACCCAAGCCUAUGGUGCCUCAACUUGCUCCUCCAAAGAUUCCUGAGGGAGAGAGGGUGGAUUUUGAUGACAUCCACAGAAAGCGUAUGGAGAAGGACUUGCUGGAGCUGCACACUCUGAUUGAUGUCCAUUUCGAGCAGAGGAAGAAGGAUGAGGAGGAGCUCAUCGGCCUCAAAGACCGAAUUGAGCGUCGUCGAUCAGAGAGAGCUGAGAUCCAGAGGGUUAGAGCAGAGAAGGAGAAGGACAGACAGAAUAGGAUUGCGGAGGAGCGUCACAGGAAAGAGGAGGAGGAGGCCAAGAGGAAGGCUGAUGAUGAGGCCAAGAAGAAGAAAGUGCUGUCUGGCAUGGGAGCAAACUUUGGAGGCUUCUUGGCCAAGGCCGAGUCGAGGAAGGGCAAGCGUCUGACGGGCAGAGAGAUCAAGAAGAAGACUCUGGCUGACAGACGGCAGCCCCUAGGCAUCGACAAUUUGAGGGAGGAUGCACUCAAGCAACGGGCCCAGGAGAUGUGGAACUGGAUCUACCAGCUGGAGUCUGAGAAGUUUGACUUCAUGGAGCACAUGAAACACCAGAAAUACGAGAUCAUUGUGCUGCUGAACAGAAUCCAGCAUGCUCAGAAAUUUAAAAAGGGCCAUGGCAAAGGGAAGGUGGGUGGUCGCUGGAAGUAAAGGGGGAAAAAAAAGAGAAAACACAUUGAUAAGGAAAAAGGGGAUAGCAGUAUGUGAAUGGAGGAAUGACACACAAUUUCUCCAUUGUCUUCUAGUGCCAGAACCACACUUUAGGGUUUCCCUGUUUGUGUGAAAGACAUUCAGUGUUUCUUGAUAAGAUGUAUUGAUAAUAAAAUGACAUGCACUCAA